AUGUUUUUUGCUCUUCGCUGAGGUUAUAUCAUGCUGGGAAUACUGUUUUUCACAUUAUUGGCUGGCUGUUCAGCGGAACUGGGUUACCAGUAUCAACAGAAUAGUUAUGGAUCCCCAGUGAAUAGCUAUGGAAAUGAAGCUGGUUUGGCUGAGGAAAGGUAUCCCAGCCAAGCGGGAAAUCACUACCAGGAGAAUGCUGACUUCCACAAACAUUUCUAUGCCUUUGAGGCUCCCUAUGAUUCCACGGAAGAGGCAAACUUGGUGGAAUCCAAGCUAGCAUCUCUUGGCCAGAAGAACCUUCAGGUGGUGUUUAUCAAGGCCCCGGAAAACAAGGCUGUGGUGGGUGCCUUGAGUGCCCUGGCCAAGCAAACUACGGAGGAUAAGACGGCCAUUUAUGUUUUGAAUAAACAAACGGAUGUCAAUGAACUGGCCAGCGAAAUAAGUGCCCUGAAAUCCCAAAGGAAACACAACCCAGUUCAUUUUGUGAAAUAUAGAACGGAGGAGGAGGCUGCUCAGGCCCAACAAUAUAUACAGGCCCAAUAUGGCGGAGGAUCUGCGAUUCCACAGGCUUCGAAGGCCUCAUCUUUGGGUUAUUACCCCGAGCAGCAGCCACAGUACGGGGAGGAUCCUCAGCCUGGGGAGUAUCCGGCUUCCCAAGAGGGUUACCCACAGUCUGUCCAACAAUCAACUUCACCACAAUCGGGUUAUCUGCCUCCCUUGCCCAGUUACUCCUCCAUUUCCCAGGGCUACAAUGCCGCAGGAGCCUCAGCUGGAGCCUCUGCUAUAGGACAUAUAGAUCUUCCACCUGUUCCUGAAGCUCAACAAGAUCUUUCAGAUAGUUAUAAAAAUGCCCAGGUGGACUACCGCUCUGCCAGAUCAAGGCGUUUUGAUUUUAGAGCCAAUGAGCGUCAUAGGUCGGGAAGUCGCAUGGUUUUUCCCUCUCCGAACCCAGGAAAACGACUGAGGCUUUAA